AUGGAGGCAAAAGCUGCUUGUGAGCGCAGUACCGAAAGGUCAUUUGAGACGCAAUGUGUAACGGAUGAUAUUGGCUGUGUUUAUCAGCCACAACAUGCGAGUACAAAGGAUGGCUCCCUCUUGACAGCGUUUCAUCUGCUUGGGAAGCUCAAGGCGGCUAUUAAUGAUGUGGUUUUUGCGCUAGAAAACACCGCAAGUGCGCUUUCAGUAGACGACUCCAUCAGCGUCAUGGAAGAGGGACUGCGGGCUCUGAAAACGAUUAAGGUUGAUCGGAGGAUUGAGUGUCGCCGGCAGUUGAACCUGAGCUCCACUCGUCUGGGAGGCGUUUCGCCGACAGGCCGUGAGGUUGACGACGGCGAUCAUGCCGAGAGUGAAGCUGCGCCGCUGUCAUGUCUGCAGCAGCUGUGUUCACCAAAGAGCAAAAAAGUAUCCCCGAAACGAAUGGGGAGUGAGUUGAUGCGACGCGACGAGGUUGAGGCGGCUCGGCAAGCCUCGGCUCUCCGCAGUGAGGAGCGGCAGCGCAAGGCGGAAGAGCGGCGACUGGAAAAGUUGCAGGAGAAGAAGUCAAAGCUGGUGGCUGCUGGGGAACGAAGCGUGCAGGCGAAGCAGCGGCGUACGCAGGCCGAUGAGCGGUUGAGAAAUGACACACUGGAGCGACAAGAGCACGGGGCCCGCCGCGUCGAGGAGGCGCGUGAGCAGACGAAGGAGCGUGCGAGAAGGGGCAAUUCACGUGUGGAGGAGGUGCGACUUAACUACGAGCUGCGACACCAAACGAAGGCUAUUUUGCUUGAUCGCAAAAUGUCGGAGGUAGAGCACAACCAGGAACAAAAGCGAGAGGAGCUUCAGCGGAUUGCGCAGGAGCGCAACGAGGCCAUGCAGGCCGUCGCCGAACGAAGGCAAAAUCUCAGCCAGGAGCGCAUUGAGCGGCAGCAGCAGCGUGAGCAGCAGCGACGGGAGAACUUCAGGCGUCUUGAGGAGCAGAAAAAGAUUGAAAAGGAUUUGAAGGAGCAACGAGCGGAAGAAUGGGAGAAGAGGGCGCAACAACGACAGAAGGAUGCGUGCGCCGAGGCAGAGGCGCGCAGUCGGAAAGCGGAGGAACGUAUUCAACAAAGUGUACAGUUAAGGGAGGAGAAGCGAGAGAUGCUGCGUCAGAAGCUUGCAAAACAGGAGCAAAAGAUAAGAGAGGCGCGCCAGCGCAAGGAGCGUGAAGCUGACGCCAGGCCCACCGUCCAGGAGCUCAUGCCAGUCAUUCCACCGCAGGAAGAGGAGCAAUUGGCUCAGAAAUUAGCAAAGGUGAUGGCGGUUACUGCGCGACAAGGGAAAAGUUAUAUGGAAACUUAUCAGAAGGAAAGUACCACCAGUGCAAAGGAUCUAAAUCGAAGUAAGUUAAGAUCGAUCAUUAGCCGGCUGGGCUCACACACAGCGCCUGCCUCACUGGUGCAGUGUCGUCAACCACUUCAUGAUCUACUGGGGAUGGCGGAGUUUGCUGACAUUGAUCAUGAAUACGUGCGCUACUUUAACGCCUAUGAGAGUUUUACGCGUGUGAUGAUGGAUGCUCGUCGGGCGAAUGAUGUGGUGACUUUUCGCCUGGCCUGUACUGUUCUACUGCGCUUUCUUACCGAUAGUAAAGAGGGCAAAAAACAUGUGUUGGUGUUUAUUCUAUCAGGAAACCUUGCUCCACUGUUAGUCUGCAUUCGUGAUGAGAUAAAAGGCCUAAAACGUCACAGUCACUCCAUUCCACUCAUGGCCUCACUUGAAAUACUACAACUCUGUUUCGAACGUAUUGCCAUAGAUGCUCAAACAAAUGUUAAACUUAUUACUGUUCGGGACCAGUUGUUGGCCGAUCUGGAUGCAGCAUGUAUUGGUAAGUACUGUGUUGCCGUUUCACGGGCAUGCACAGGGGAGGAGGAUUUAGAAGUUGUCUACAGUGCGACCCGACUCAUACAUUCCCAGGCCUGUAUCUUGAGUAAAAAAAAGGGUGAUUGCCCUACAGUAUGGUUUCGGCAAGUAUCAUGUGCCUUUUUUACUCUUCUUGAGAAUAUUCUGACCCCUGAUGGAUGCCCUUUGAGCAAGACGAGCCCGUUGCUCAGUGCCCGGCGCAUCGCAAUCGUUUUUAUUGUGUUUCGAGUCCUAAACUGCCUUGCACGUUGGCGACUGGAGAUUUUACAGGAAGUCUUACAUGACUCUCCUAUUGAAAACGCUAGCUCGAAUGUUUACGUAGACCCAAAAGCGAUGUCAGCCAAAACAACAAAUGUAAUUACACAAACAGAACUGUUUCACGUGCUUAGUGGCUUCUUCGCAUAUGUUGAGGCUCAUGCCGAUUUACUUGAGACUAUUGCAGGUGAGAACAUUACAGGGGAAGGUGUGCAUGGAACCUUUGAGAAUGCACUGAAGUUCGGCGUGACGUUGCAACAAAUCCCGCCAUUUCCAUCCCCACAGUCCUCAAACAGCCCCACGACGGGGUUACCACUCGCAUCGACCCGUCAAUCCUAUCACCUGCGGGCUGCACUCCACGAAUGCCUCCUCCUCAUUGGCUACCUCUGUAUACAGGACAAGCAGAUUCAAGGCAUGUUUGCCUGGGGAAAAGGCAAAUCAUUACUCUCUAGAAUUCUUUCGGCCUUACCGUUUCAGUAUUUUACUUCAGCAUGCCAUAUUCUCUACCCCACGUUACUGGCCAUUGUUGUGGACAUGGACGACAAUCUCACCCUGGCGAAGGGGGAGAUGGAUAUUAAACCAUUACUGAGUCUUGUCGAGGAGGAGUACCAAGCGCUUCCGAAGAAGGCCAAACUCUAUGCCCUCCAACGGCACGCGGAGCUGCAUCCAGUGACCACGGAAGGACAAGAUAAGGCCGUUCAGCCUCCGCGUUGGGUUGAUCUUCUUGGCGGCGACGACGAUGAUUUUUUUAUCCAGAAACACAUCACACCAGCACCCACACCCGCGCCAACGGCGCACCCUCUCUCCACACCUGAAAAAGAAAAGCUUUAUAGACAACUUAAAAACCAGGCGUUGACACCAUCGGGGUACUUCAGAAUUGAGCGACGUUUUCCUUUGGCUCUUUGGCCAUGCGCAAUUGAGCAACUAACGAGAGUCGUCAAUGAAACUAAUAAGAGCGAGUGUGGGAAAUCGAACUAA